AUGGCAAAGAAAAAAUCAGGCACCUCUUCUCGACAGGAGACAAAGGCUGGUGCUGGAGUCAUGGCGAAAUUGGUUGACCCUCAAGUAGAGAAAUAUGUUCGUGCUAUGGAGUCACCCCCCGAAGACUGGGUCGGUUGGACGUUCCCUCUACCUCUGCGUCCACUCCUUGACAGUCCUGCUCUUGAAGUGAUUCGAGUCGUCUUCAAGGACAAAGGUCAGCUCUACUUGAUGAUGAAAAAGUUCAUCGAUGAUGCCAAGAAUGGAGCUACUCGGGUGCAUAUUAUUAUCUUCAAAUCAGUUCCUUUGGACGUGGUCAAGGAUGACAUGGUGUGGGAUUACAACAUUGCUCCUCAUUGUCGCUUUUUUUACCUUGAGGCUCAGGCUACGCUCAUCAUGAAGAUUGCUACAGAAACUCGCAUGACUGAAUUCUUUCCCAUGACCAAACUUAAGUUUGAUGAUACCAACAUGGGCGUUCAGGGUCACGCGUUGGGGCGAUUCAAGUAUGGCCUCAAAAAGCAAUUGUCCACCAUGGGCAUAGUCGAUAAUCGCUGGGAGUUUGCUUGUUCCAAAACCCGCCACAGCCACGGUGUAAUUUUUGACAACAAUGAUACAGUUCAGAUCAAGUCCAUUCACAGCGCCGACCGCAUCUUCAUCCCCGAUAUUAACCGCCACACAAAAUUUGACGCCGAUCACCAAUCUUGGCCAACGAUGGUCAUUGAAACUGGCUCCGAUUGUGCCAACAUCGCGUCUCGUUUCUAUCUCGAGUACAGUGCUGACUGGUGGUUCACCCAAAGCGAAGGCUUCACCAAGAUCGUCAUAGUCAUAAUGUUCGACUACGCGCAUCAUGCCACAGUGAUUGAAAAGUGGGUCUGCGCUUCUGAAGCCCCCUACACCAAGAAGUUAGUUCAGACCAUCACCGUCUUCCCCAAACCCAACGACAAGGGCAAACCAAGCGUUAUCGUCCAAGGAGAGGACCUGAUCCUCGAAAUUGAAUCCCUCAUGGCUCGGCCAAAGCGUGAGGGCGAAUCCGAUAUCGUCUUCGACAAGGAGUUCAUGAAGGGAUUUGGCAAUGGUUUCUUGCUGCCCUGGCGCAAUCUCGGCGCAAAGCGAGAGAACAACCUCAAGAGCUCGGAAAUUGACUUGGCAACGGCUCGCAAGCUGCUCAACUAUCCGCUUGUGAGCCUCAAGCAGCAACUUGGACCAGCCUUGGCCGAGGCCUUGAAGAUGGCUGAAAAGGCUGCCAAGUCCGUCGGCGCCGACACCGAUGUGGGAGCGUCGAAGAUGACGCUCACCUUGUCUCGGAACAAGGUGAGCGAGAAGGGCAAGGAAAAGGCGGUGGAGGAAGAGUCUUCAUUUGGAGAGGACCGGAUCGCGGUGGAUAUCACCAUCGGCGAGGCCAUCGCCAUCAUGGCUGAGAAGGAGGUGGUGGAGGAGGAGAAGUGA